UCAUCAGACUCCUCUCUUUAUCUUAAACAACAUGAGUGACGACGACUAUAGACGAGCCCUUGAAAUACAACGACGCAAUUUCGAGGCCCAGUUCGGCUCCAUUGAAGAACUUGGUUUUGAAGACAAAUCAAAAUCCGUGCAUGCGUCAUCUUCUGACGACAAUUCAAGUGGCAUCGAAAGUGAGAAUGAAAGUGGCAGUGAUGAAGAACAAUACAACUUUAAAGGAUUUGAAAGUUCUGGAGAGUCAGACAGUCCUGAUUUUGAACUGGAAGAAGAAGAUGAUGAUGAAGAAGAAGAAGAAGCCCCAAAAGUCAUAAAGCUUAAUGCUACCAUCGCCAAACCAACAAUCAUCUCCAAACAAGACAGAAAACUCCUCAAGUCCGGCCGAGCACCAACAUUACAAGAACUCGAACUCAAGUCCCAACAAGCGUCCAAGCAAACAAAAGCACAAAUUAAAGAAGAUUCUGAAAAUCUUGAAAACGAUUUGAAACUUCAACGACUCCUUCAAGAAUCUCAUAUCCUCACCCACUCCCUCGAACAUUCCGGGGCUGAACUCACUCUAGAAACUAUAGACUAUGAAGAUCCCACUGGGAAAGCCCGACGCCGAAUUCUCGACUCUCGUAUGCGUCAACUUGCAGCCACCAACUCGAACGAGAAUCGGAAAUUGGAAAGCAUGCCUAUGUCCAUGCGUAAAGGGAUGAUUGCUAGCCGAGACAAGAAGAUCAAGAAAUUCGAGGCAGAUGCGCGUGAUGCCGGUAUCGUGUUGAGUAAGGUGCGUAAGGGACAAGUUAGAGAUUUGAAUGCCGGUAAAGGGUCAACUUUGACCAGUGAUCGAUUAGGAUCGGGUGUUAAUAAGAAAAAACAUCAUAGAGAUCGUGGGUUGAAGAUCCAUGGUGUAGGAAGACUGACUAGAAACGGGCUUGUUCUUAGUCAAGGGGAGAUCGAUAAGAUUAACAAUAAAGGGAAGAAGUUUAGCAAAAAGAAAAAGAUGAAUAGUCGAUAGAAUUAAAAAUAAAAUAAAAAGCACUUGUACAUUUUCU